GCUGGCGAACGAGUGCGCGGCUCUCAUCGUUGAAGGAGAGGUCGUGCUCGUGAACGAGAAGGGGGAGGAUGUGGAGGUGCUGGGGGCCGGAGACACCUUCAACGAGCAGAUCCUGUUGGGCAUCGAGGGCGGGUGCGGCCUGGAGCUGGACCUGCGGGCUCCUGCUGAGAUUCAGUUUGUUUCUCUUGGGGUGUGGGACAAGGUCGUCUCCGACUUCCCGACGGAGCAGGCCAUGAUCUUCAGGAGCAUCCGAGACACCAUGGCUGACAAAGCUGCAGUCAAAUCACUCGGACACAAGAUGAGCACAGCGCAAAUAGCGAAAACGUCCCGCUUGCUGCGGUUCCUUUCAGAUGCCACGAUUCAGGAGCUGUUCUACGCCGGCCUUUGCAAUGUGUUUGUGGCGUGUGCAUGCCGCAUCCGUGCAUUCACGUCCAUACGUCCACGCGUCCGAGGGCUGGGCGACCUUGCUUGCUUGCUUGUUUCCCUAGGAGAAGAUGGUGACUUUGCAGGAAAGCUUAGGCUUCCUCUCCCAGACAACUUUUCCGGUCAGCCUGCAGACUGGGAAGAAUGGUCAUGGAACUUUAAAGCGUACAUUUCGAUGUUCGAAGCAGGCGCAGUGACUUUGCUCGACAAUGCCGAAGCUUUGACAACCGAGUUCACAGAUGCACACCUUGAAGUAACUUUGGACACAGGUCACUUUGCUAGCAAGUGUCCGCUGAACAGAGUGAAUGCUGUUGAGGGAGAAGAGAGUGAACUUUACGGUCUCCAGGAAGAAGAGUCUUACUUUGGUGAGGCCCCUUGGGACGACUGGUCUGAGUGGACAGUCGGAGCACUUUUCGAUGAGAGUUGGGAGUCAUGGGAUGACUCACUUUGGGAUUCCUCGUGGGAUUCCUGGGACUGGUAUUCGUAUCAGGACUUUGCAGGUUGGAAUGAGUGGUGGCCUGAAGCCACCUCCUCAAAGGAGACUUUGUCACCGCAACAGCCUCAGAAGCCUAAGGAAGAGUCAACUUUGCAGCAUGGAGCUCAGCAGGCUCCAGUUUCAGCUGUCACUGUGACAGCCCCUCCAGGACUUUCCAAGGCAGCGCCCAAACCUAAGGCCAAGAGCUCACUUUCCCCGAGCUCUUUCUUGAUGUCGGCACUCGUGCUUGGCAACUUUGGUGUUGGUCAGUCGUUUGGUUUUGAAGGCAUGUUGACUGGUGAUGUUGACUUUUCGUAUGGCGAGAAGCGUGCGACCUUUUCGUCGGUUGGCAUGGCGCCGUUGGAAACCUUUUCGCUGAAUCGAAACGACUCGGUGCCUCAGAAACUUUUCAGUGUGUACGAUCUUGGAGUGUCGAACCUGAACACGACAUUCCGGGAUCAUGCUUUGGAGGAACAUUUGGUUGCAGCCACCUUUGACGAGAAUGAGCCCUGGAUACUUUUUGAUUCAGGAGCAGCGACCCAUUGCUGUCCUCAGGACUUUGCUUCGGAGUGGAUGAGUUUGUUGAAGUUUGCAACCUUCUUCACGACUCCAAUGAACAAGGACCAUUCCGCAGAGGACACUUUCCGUCUGCGUUUGGCGCAGGCCGCUUCGGGCACUUUGCCUGACUUCCAGAAGGCCCUGGUGGAACAGCUUUCGGAGAAGGACCCUGCAACUGGAGAAGCCUUCACGCACGACCGUUGGCUGAACUUUCAGUUGUUUUGGGCUCGUGUUCACUACGUGUCUCGGAACACCUUGUAUGUGCCAGAAGACCCGCACUUUGAAGAAGAGUUGGGCAAUGCGCGCAUGACUUUGAUCAUGCGUCCUGAUGCAGAGCCAACGUGGCACUUUGACUUGUGGCGCAAACACGGCACGCAGGAAGUGAUGCAAGACUUUGUUGGCGCUACUUGUUUUGAGAAGUUGCCACUUGAAGCCUUUGAAGCAGAGCCAGCUCAGCCAGAGUACUUGGCUCAGAGGCCGAAGGGCUUGAAGCAGCCCGGCGAGCCAACUUUAACAGAAAGGCUGGAGCAUGAGCUCACUCACUUGCCGUUCAAGCCGUGGUGUGAAAUUUGUUUGAAAGCUAAGAGCAGGCAGGCUCACAGUAAGAAACUUUCGUUGAGACAGCCCGUCCUGCAGAUGGACUUUAGCUUUCUUUCAGAUAAGCCUGGUGAGGAACAGGUCACCAUACUUAACGUUGUCGAUGUUCUCUCGAACAUGGCACUUUCAGUGGUGAUUCCCACAAAGGCUCGCACACCGUACUCCCAUGCAGAGUUGAGACGCUUUGUUCUAGAAACCGGACGUACUUUCGGAAUCUUGCAAUGCGACCCAGAGCCAGCGUUGAAAGCCAUCGCGGAAGCUGUAACAGGCGAAGUCGGUGGACUUUCCUUGCGGAGUACCCCGACAGGCUGGAAGCAAGCUCAGGGUUCCGUUGGAAACAUGCAAGCAACUUUGUAUGGACAGAUCAAGGCUUUGCGGCUUGAGCUUUUGCAGCGUUACCAAGUUGAUCUGUCGGUUCACUCAGCGCUUUUCACUUGGCUUGUGCGCCACGCGCAGUGGCUUGUCAACCGUUACCUUUGCAACGCUGCUGGCACUACUGCUUUUGAGAGACGCUGGGGAAAGCGGUACAACGGCUUCAUAUGCCGCUUUGGAGAGACCGUACUUUUCCGAAAACAGCGUGUCAACAAAGGCAAGCCGGCUUUUGAGCGUGGCGUUUGGCUUGGAAAAGACACAGAGUCGGAGCAACACUUUGUCGCUGACUCUCGCGGGGUUUACAAGACGCGUUCCUUGAAACGCCUCCCCCCCACCCAGCAGUCAGACGUGGCACUUUUGCAGUCGGUUACCGCGCGUCCUUGGGACCCGACCGGUGCAAAGGUGGAAACGGACUCCUUCAUCUUUCCGAUGCAGCAGUCCGAGGAGGCGACAAACCUAGCUUUGCCACCGUCUGGGCAACUUUCUGGUCCUCCUGAAAAAGGCAAUGACGUGCCAAACUAUGAACUUUCAGACCCAGAGUUGGAAGAAGCUUUGGGCUUAGAUGGCACAGAGCCUGUUCCGGCUCGUGACGAUCUUUCGGACCUUCCGGAAGAUUACUUUUCUGAUGUAGAGCAAGAACCGCCCUUGCCUCCGCCUGAGUUUGAGCCUCCACGCUUGACUUUGGAUGAGCAAACUGCAAAUGCAGCGCAAGCAAGGUCGAGUACAGACGCAGCUUUGCCUCAGCCCCCUGGUUCGAGGCCGCGACUUUCUGACGAGUCGCCCGCGUCACCGACCAAGCGUAGCACAGAGACUUUUGACGUUGGAACGACUAAGGUGCAGAGGAUCAACGCGGUGACUUUCUACAGCGGCACUUUGGACGAAGGUCAAUCGGUGACUUUCCUUGGCCGUGAGCUUCAAAGAACGAACGACGCCGUACUUGUUGGCAUGAACCCUGCGUACAUUGAUCGUAUGCUUGAGACGGCAGGACUUUCAGGUUGUAAGCCAGUCCUUGCUCCGGGCACAGACACUUUGCGAAAGCAGUUGAAUGUUGAGCCUCUGGACGCGGAAGCGCACAAGCGCUACCGGCGCAUCGUAGGCCAACUUUUGUGGCUUUCGAGUGUACGCCCAGACAUCAUGUAUGCAGUAAAGGCGAUGGAUCGCUUUACACCAGCUCAGAGCCGUGACGUGGACUUUAGCACGUAUCGCACGUGGCUGAGUCUGCAGCUGGUUCUUGAAACCUUGUGGAAUGGGCUGCAGAAGGAGCAACUUUAUCUGCCACUUUCAUCGCCGGCGGAAAUGUUUCAGAAGCUUUAUCCUUUGAUCCAGUAUGCGGCCACUUUGGGACUUUAUACACCUCCUGAGUUGGAGGUGCUGCAGAGGACUUUUGUGGGGUUCUGGACACCGGAACGCCCCACUUUUCGGCAGGAUUGGGUUCCUUUUCAGCUGUGGCUUACUCUACCUACAGGACUUUGGUUGACGGUUGCAUCUGCAGCUCAGAGGUCAGGAAACUUUGUCUUGCCAUCUGCAGCAAUGGUGGGAACUAUGGUGGAUUGCCUGAACCUCACUUUGUCUCCGAGAUCGUCACUUUUAUUUUGGUCAUUUGGACUGUCUAUCUCCUUGCAACAGGGACUUGAUCGUGUGACUUUUAUGCCAGGAGAGCAGUUGAUCACGAUUGGAGUCCGACUUUUGCUACAAGACUUUACUCGGUUAAUCACCAUCAAUGGAAAUCGUCUAUGGAAUAGGCGAUAUGUGGAUUACUUUCUCAAAGUUCAGAGCCUGAACUUUAUGUGGGAGCCUACUUGCCGAACGAUUGUCACUUUGUUGCACCGCAUUCACCCGUACGAGCUUUGUGACAAUCUCAACACCUACUUUGACAGGCCUGACUGCAGGCACUCGCGCCUUAUGCACCUCCCACUUUUAUCUCGGCUGUACCAAGAGCUCUCAAACUUUCCAGACGAGGGCGUUGCGCCGAUGCACUUGGAUAUCCCCACUUUGCGUCGUGGCUCCAGGAUGUGA